AUGGACUCGACGGCGGCGGCGGCGAGCGCGCGCGCGGCGGCCGCCCGGCCCACGAGUCCGUCGCGGCCGCGCACCAAGCCGCGGGGGCUCGACGAGGAGACCUGCUUGCCGACGCCCAACAGGGCGCCCUCCGCCUCCCCCACCUCCGCCGCCGCCUCGCCCGCCGACGCCAUGGACCCGCGCGUCUGGGCCGCGCUCCCGGACGACCUCCUCCUCGAAAUCCUCGCGCGCGUCCCGCCCUUCCUGCUCUCCCGCCUCCGCGCAGUCUCGCGCCGCUGGGGCACCGUCCUGCGGGGCGGCGACCCAUCCUUCCUCGCCGCGCACGCCGCCGCGCCCUCCCACGGGCCCUGCCUCCUCGCCUUCACCCGCGGCACCCCGCCCCACUGCGGCGCGCUGAGCCUGCCGCUCCGCGCGCGGUACCGGCUGCCCCUCACCUUCCUCCCCGCCUGGGACCUCUCCCUCGUCGGCUCCUCGGGGGGCCUCGUCUGCCUCGCCGGCUCCGACGGGGCCGCAUUCCGCACCAUCGUCUGCAACCCGCUGACCCAGGCCUGGCGGGCGCUGCCGGCCAUGCGCCACAACCACCCGCGCCAGCUCGUGCUCGCCGUCGACCGCAAACUCCGCUGCUACAAACUCAUCGCCGCCGCCAGCGACGACAGGACCCUCCCCACCGAGGUCUACGACUCCAGGGAGGACAAAUGGUCCGUCCACCAGAUGAUGCCCGCCGCGAACCUCUGCUCCUCCAAGAUGGCCUUCUGCGACUCCCGGCUCUACCUCGAGACGCUCUCGCCGCUCGGGCUGAUGAUGUACAAAGUGGACGCGGGCCAUUGGGAGCACAUACCAGCCAAGUUCCCGCGCUCGCUGCUGGAUGGGUACCUCGUUGCCGGGGCUCGCAGACGGCUCUUCCUCGUCGGGAGGAUCGGGCUGUACAGCACGCUGCAGAGCAUGAGGAUCUGGGAGCUGGAUCAUGGCAAGACCAUCUGGGUCGAGAUUAGCAGGAUGCCGCCCAAGUACUUCAGGGCACUCCUCAGGCUGUCUGCUGAGAGGUUCGAGUGCUUUGGGCAGGACAACUUGAUCUGUUUCACCUCGUGGAACCAGGGCAAAGGCCUUCUCUACGAUGUCGACAAGAAGGCUUGGUCGUGGAUUGCUGGUUGCGCAAGCCAGUUGUGCAAUACACAGUUCUGCUUUUAUGAGCCAAGGUUUGAUACAUCCAUCUUUUGAUGGCGGCAACAAACUGCAUUGUCAAGAUUUGAGCUCAA